AGUCCCGCAGUCGGAGGCGGCCGGCUGGGCGUGCGCUCGCUACCCGCAGCCAGGGCUGGGCCAGAGCCGGGCGAGAGCCGGGACCCGGGCCGGGCCGGGACCAGCUGGCAAGGGGCAGCGGCUGGAGCCGAGCAGCCAGGCCGCAGAGGGCAGGGGACAGCGGGCGCGGGGUCUACGGGCUCCUGAGCCCCGAUGUGAGGCGGCGGCGCCCCCGGCCCGAGCGCGCAUCAUGGGGGCCCCGCUCGCCGUGGCGCUGGGCGCCCUCCACUACCUGGCACUUUUCCUGCAACUCGGCGGUGCCACGCGGCCCGCCGGCCACGCGCCCUGGGACAACCACGUCUCCGGCCACGCCCUGUUCACAGAGACGCCCCACGACAUGACGGCGCGGACAGGCGAGGACGUGGAGAUGGCCUGCUCCUUCCGCGGCAGCGGCUCCCCGUCCUACUCGCUGGAGAUCCAGUGGUGGUACGUGCGCAGCCGCCGGGACUGGGCGGACAAGCAGGCGUGGGCCUCCAACCAGCUAAAAGCAUCUCACCAGGAGGACGCAGGGAAGGACGCCACCAAAAUAAGUGUGGUCAAGGUGGUGGGCAGCAACAUCUCCCACAAGCUCCGGCUGUCGCGGGUGAAGCCCACGGACGAAGGCACCUACGAGUGCCGCGUGAUCGACUUCAGCGACGGCAAGGCCCGGCACCACAAGGUCAAGGCCUACCUGCGGGUGCAGCCCGGCGAGAACUCCGUCCUGCAGCUGCCCGAGGCGCCUCCCGCCGCGCCCGCGCCGCCGCCGCCCAAGCCGGGCAAGGAGCUGAGGAAGCGCUCGGUGGACCCCGAGGCCUGCAGCCUCUAGCCCGCGCCCCGCUGUCCAGAUGCAUGCGGCGCCGCUGGGCGGGGGACAGGACUGCCUGCGGCCGCCGCCUCCCCGCCCGGCCGGCCGGCACCCUUGCUCAGCAUGCACGCCCCUCCCGCCCUUCCCCGUAGACCUGCGGUGACCUGGCUCGAGAAGGUGGUCCUGGGCUCCAAGGGACGCCCGCUCUGGGCGCUGGGGUGGGGACCAUGCCAGGCCUGGGCUUCCCCUCCGUCACCAGCUUCCGUGGAGUCCCGUGUUUUGCGUUGCUUGCUUGUCCCCAGCCUGUCCUGAGCCGGGCCUGCCAGCCUUAUCUCCCUCGCUCCUUCCGACCGUCCCCCGCUUGGACCUGGGGUGUGGACGGCGAUCCUUCCCCGACGCUGGCCUUGAAUCCUGAGCAGAACUGGAGCCUCCCCUGGUGCAGACCGGGGCGGGAAGCCCCCAGGAGAGCCUCUCUGGGGUGGGGGCUGGGCGCAGGGCCCCUCACCGGGGCCUUGGGAGACCCGCGAGGCGCCCCUCCGGAGGGCCCUUCUGUUCAGCUUCUUUCUACCCAGAAACAGGUCCCGCUGAGCUUCCCGGAGGGGAAACCAUCGCACCAGGGCCCCUCGCAGAGUUUGCACCAGCAGGACCCCUUCCGGGGUCUUUGAGGCUCUCUUAGGAGCCCCCCUCUGCCAGCCCCCACUGUUCCAGCCCCCUCUUGGAUCCUGCCAAGUCUACCCAGGGGCCUGGGACUGUUGAGAGCCACGGCCCCCGCCACCAAUUCCCUCACCAUCCCAGAUCAGGGGACACCCACCUGGCCGUUUGUAAAUAUUUCUAUUGGGCCCACCACCCCACCCCCUCCCCGGAACUGGCUCAAACCUCUGCCGCCCCUCAGCCAUGGACGGGUGUGUGGGAGAGGCCGAGGGCUUGCCUAGGGGUGAGUGGGUCGCCCUGAACACACGAUCCAGUCUGUGACUACCAGCCAACCUGAAU